AUGUCGACAACCAAGCCAGAAAUUUUAAAAGUUGUUGAUAGAAGCGUUGUAGACAUUUCCGUUGUUGUAGGAAGCUGGAAAUUAGGUUUUUUAAGUGAUGUAGCCGAUGAUAGUUCUUUAAAUCCUCAUAAGACCUUUAAACAAUUGAGCUUUGAGGGUAGCUUAGGAGGUAUGGAUGAAUUAUUUUACUCAACAACUCCGGCAGAUGUGCACGGAAUUCACGUGUCAACCAUUAUCGUAGUAAAUUACAUUUCUCGCGUUUGCCCGGCCUGGUCGACUUCUUUGAUACCAUUUAGAGUAACUGGGAAAUUUCGAGGAGGAUGA